AAUGUCUGGAUGGUUCCAAAGAAUUUAUUACGAACUCUUGCAAUACUUGCAAUUUCUGAGACUUUGCCAGUGUUAGCGUACGUCGUGAGAGAGUUUGACGGCGAAAUUGACUCAGAUUUUCUGAAGCCGGUUUAUGUGUUUAUUUGGAUGUGAAUUUGUAAAUCAUCACAGCAUCAUUUAGGGUUCAAUCUUUCAAUCAUUGAGCCCGACAAAUCGCUAUUUACUAUGACGAAAGCAGGAAAAAGGACAUUGGAUGCUGUGGAAGAGGAUCGCGGUCCAAAUGAAGCUGGUCCAGAUCCCUCAGCGCCUAUCACACGCCGUGGAGUACUUACAUCGUUCCUUACAGGAAAGCCAAUGGAAAUUCCCGAACAGGAUUUGCUGGGGCGAUGCAGAUUUGUUUCUGAAUUUGAGAAAUUAAAUCGCAUUGGAGAAGGCACCUAUGAUAGAGCCAGGGACACUAAAACUGACAAAGUUGUUGCUUUGAAAAAAGUUAGAAUGGAACAUGAGAAAGAUGGAUUGCCAGUUAGUGGAUUGCGAGAGAUUUCUGUCCUUCUGGGAUGUCGGCAUGAAAAUAUAGUUCAUUUGAAGGAGGUUGUUGUGGGCCGUAGCUUGGAAAGCAUAUUUCUGGCAAUGGAAUAUUGUGAACAAGAUUUAGCAAGUCUUUUGGAUAAUAUGCAAGCUCCUUUUUCUGAGUCUCAGGUGAAAUGUAUUAUGCUUCAAGUGUUGCGUGGCUUGCGAUAUUUACAUCGUAAUUUUGUGGUGCAUCGGGAUUUGAAAGUUUCAAAUCUGCUAAUGACUGACAAAGGCUGUGUGAAAAUAGCUGAUUUUGGACUUGCCAGAUGGUUUGGAUUGCCACUACGUCCAAUGACACCCAGAGUUGUUACCCUUUGGUAUCGUGCUCCUGAACUUUUGCUUCAAGCACGAACCCAGACAACUUCUGUAGAUAUGUGGGCAGCAGGGUGCAUUUUAGGAGAACUUUUAGGACAUCGUCCUCUUCUUCCUGGGCGCACUGAAUUGGGGCAACUAGAACUGAUUGUUGACUUGUUGGGAACUCCAUCAGAUGCAAUAUGGCCUGAAUUUUCAUCUUUGCCAGCUUUGCAAAGUUUCACUCUGAAACAACAACCAUAUAAUAAUUUGAAGCAAAGAUUUCCAUGGUUGUCUGCUGCUGGUUUGCGCCUAUUGAACUUCUUGUUUAUGUAUGAUCCCAAAAAACGAGCUACUGCUGAGGAAUGUUUACAGAGUUCUUAUUUUAAGGAAGCUCCACUACCUUGCGAUCCAAAAUUAAUGCCAACUUUUCCUCAACAUCGAAAUUUGAAAACUAAAGCUCCAGCUAAUCCUCCCCCAGCUCCAACACAAGAAACUACAACAGGAAAUAACACUGCUGAUCCAUCUUUGCAUCUGCCAGCUAUUUCUGAUUUGGAGUUUAAAGAUAAAAUGAGUGUUUGGUGA